CCUUGGGAUUUUACCCAAGCUAUUCUCGUCACUAUAAGGGUCGUCGCCAUUGCUAUAUUACCGCGUUCAUUUCUACAAAACGAUGAUGUCCGACAGCGAGGAUAGUGAUGUUCCGGGUGUAGAACUUGACAUGAGCAUGACGAUCAAGAUGAUCAAGCUCGAGCUCGUGAUACCCGUACCGACAACGACGCAUGUUGUGACUGCAACACGUGUGGUAAUGCCAACAGAGGUGGAGUGUUUGUGUUGCCAGGAGGUUUCCUUGAUACAGACGAAAACAGAGGACAAGGCUAUAGCCUGCAUUACCCAGCAUGAUGGGUUCAUAGCGAACUGUAUCAACACUGAUGUCCUGGAGGUGUCGAUGUUCGAGUAUGCAGAACAUCAUGGCCCCAUUGGGGAUAAUCAGCCGAUGCAUGAGUAAAAAUACAGUGAAUUCCUUCUACUAUAAUUCAUAUCACAAUAAUUAUUUCUCCAAAAUUAUCACAAGUAAGAUGAAAUCCCUCAAAAUGUCAAUUUUAUACAA